CUUCCCAUUAACUAGCGACGUCAUUUCUGUGUAUACAGAUUGUAAACAAAGCCAAAACAAAGAUGGAUUCAUCAAAAGGUUUAAUCUAAAAAAUAUAGUCAGAUCGAAUAACCAAAUAGCACAAAUUGGAAUCGCUGUCAUUUACAGUUCGCUGACUUAGGUAUUGGUAGAAAUAUUUCCAAGUUACACAGCGAUUAGAAUUGUUUUUCUGCAUCGACGUUGGAGUGCUGCUGUUCAUUCCUACUCGCUAGCUACCCAGCAGGCUAGCUAAAAAGACAACUUAUUUAGCAAGACACGUAAAAAUAUUUGUUUUUGUUGCUGUCCUGUUAGCUAGCUGUCCUGUUCGUAGUGGGGGUUGUGUGUGCUGGUCCAGUUCAAUGGGGAACUGUUUGUCUUCGCAAGGCGCCGACGACUUGUCUCUCCUCAACGAGUCCCAGGAAGCCAGUGUUCCAGGGGAGCCUCCACCGCCUUACCAGGAGCGUGUCCAAGCGCCAGUGUACCACCCCACCCCGAGUCAGACGUGCCUGGCCAGCCAACUGACAGAGGAGGAGCAGGUCCGUAUCGCCCAGCGGAUUGGCCUCAUCCACCACCUCCCCAGAGGCAUCUUCGACCCCGGCUCUGAGCCCUCUGACAAGAAAGUCAAAGAGUGUGCGAUCUGCAUGAAUGACUUUGAGUACGGCGACCCCAUCCGGUUCCUUCCCUGCCUGCACAUCUACCACGUGGACUGCAUUGACACCUGGCUGAUGAGGUCCUUUACCUGUCCUUCCUGUAUGGAGCCUGUGGAUGCCGCCCUGCUCUCCUCCUAUGAGACCAACUGAACCAAACAGAAGAAAACGGAUUAAAACAGGGAGGGACUUGACCUGGAUUGUCCAAUAAGAAAUGCUUGUUCAAUUUUUUUCAGUUGCAAAACUAUUCCCUAUUUAAUGUACUACUUUUCACCAGCCUUAUAGGCCCUGAUCCAAAGUAGUGCAUUAAAUUGGGAAUAGGGUGCACACAAUCCUAGAAACUUCCCCUCUAACAGAGGUGCCAAACGCCCUUAUGAUCCAUCACUUCUUUAACCCGGAUGUUCUGUUCUAGUCACACAGCCUUGGGAGGAGAGAUGGGUUGUGUCAAAAUAUAUAUAUAUUUUAAAUGUAACCUUUAUUUAACUAGGUAAGUCGGUUAAGAACAAAUUCUUAUUUACAAUGACGGCUUACGCCGGCCAAACUCGCCGCCCUAUGGGACUCCCAAUCACGGCUGGUUGUGAUACAGUCUGGAUUCAAACCAGGUUGCCUGUAGUGAUGCCUCUAGCACUGAGAUGCAGUGUCUUAGACCACUGUGCCACUUGGAAGCUCCAUAUGUAGGGAGUGCCACACUGAGUGUGUUGAAAGUGGGGUUUUCUACUCUGUAUUGGGGCUUUUGGAAUUAGGAACGUCUGUCUCUUUCGCCUUUUCAGACUUUGCCAAAUACAUCUUAAGUGAAGUGAAGGAUAUAGAUGGAGAACUUUAGAAGUCAUCAUGAGAGAUAUUAUUGACAACUGAUUUCAUCUUUGGAUGAUCUGAGGGUGGUAGACUAGAGAUUGGCCCAUUAGUUUAGUUUAUGUAGGCUGGUCUUGGAUCUGUUAGUGCUGUCUUCUUGACAACAACUGGCAAGACAGCACAAACAGAUCUAUAUCUUUGUUUAUGUGGUUGGUUUAUUUUAAUUCCCUUUUCAAUCAUCCCCCUCCAGACUAAAAUGUGCAAUAUGAUGUGAGGAAGUGCUAGAAUUGCACCGUUCUGAUUGGUCAACAGAAGGUGACCCCCGACCUUAACACUGCUGUCUCGGCCAAUUAGCUUUAAGACGGGUAUGGCCUUGAAUGUCUCUCAAAAAAGCACAGGGCUUUUCACUAGAAUGCCAUUUUUUUUCUAAUUAAAGGGCAAUCAUAGAGAAAGUUCACAAAGUAAUGAGAUAUGAGAAUAAGCUAUGAGGUCUCCAUCCCAUGCCGGUCUAGUAGGUUACUUCAUGACUUACUACUGGCCUCAUACCUUUAUUGGAGAUGUUACUACUGGCCUCAUACCUUUAUUGGAGAUGUUACUACUGGCCUCAUACCUUUAUUGGAGAUGUUACUACUGGCCUCAUACCUUUAUUGGAGAUGUUACUAGUGGCCUCAUACCUUCAUUGGAGAUGUUACUACUGGCCUCAUACCUUUAUUGGAGAUGUUACUACUGGCCUCAUACCUUUAUUGGAGAUGUUACUACUGGCCUCAUACCUUUAUUGGAGAUGUUACUAGUGGCCUCAUACCUUCAUUGGAGAUGUUACUACUGGCCUCAUACCUUUAUUGGAGAUGUUACUAGUGGCCUCAUACCUUCAUUGGAGAUGUUACUACUGGCCUCAUACCUUUAUUGGAGAUGUUACUACUGGCCUCAUACCUUUAUUGGAGAUGUUACUAGUGGCCUCAUACCUUCAUUGGAGAUGUUACUACUGGCCUCAUACCUUUAUUGGAGAUGUUACUACUGGCCUCAUACCUUUAUUGGAGAUGUUACUAGUGGCCUCAUACCUUCAUUGGAGAUGUUACUACUGGCCUCAUACCUUUAUUGGAGAUGUUACUACUGGCCUCAUACCUUUAUUGGAGAUGUUACUAGUGGCCUCAUACCUUUAUUGGAGAUGUUGGAUUUGUAUGCAUGUUGUUUUACAGGGUGGGUUGUUGUAGCUGUUAGUUAGUCUGGUUCCAGAUCUAUUUGUGCUGUCUUGCCAAGGUGGCGAGCCUUACUAGGCUAGCUCUUAGUACCUUAAACUGCAUUUUCACCUUGGCUCUUUUUCCUUACAAAGCUUUGCCUUGACUGUGCUGUCUUACUCUUAUGAGAUCAUGGUUUGUUGUUGUUGUUCAUUCUUAUGUUUACUGUUAGUGAGUGACUUGUGUCCAAAAUGGCACCCUAAUCCCUAUAUAAUGCACUACUUUUGAGCAAAGCACGAUGCAGGAACUGGUCAAGAGUAGUGCACUACUUAGGGAUUAGGGUGCCAUUUUGGACGUAGCCAAAAAUGCUGUGCUAUUAUCUAUCCUCGAACUCUAUGCACCUUGGGAUCUCCUCUGGUACCGUGUAGGUCUGGGACUGUAUUCACAAAGAGUCUUAGAGUAGGAGACCGUUUUGCCUUUUGGAUCAUAGUUAUAUGGACUCCUAGUCUUUGUGACUACAGGCCUUGAAUCAGGACGGAGGAAAUAUCUUGUUUGUUCUCCUUUUCCCUCUUCCUCCUUCUAUUUCUCCUACUACUCACUCUAUUGUCUCUUUGAAUAACUUUAUUGUAGAAGUGUUUGACAAGAGAAAAGAGAAUGAAUAUGUGUCAAAAUAUAAUUUACACUGUUUUGGAUACUGUGUGUAAAGGUUGUAUCUAAAGUGUUUUCCAAUGUUGUCAGAAAAUGUGUUUGUGAAUAUAGAUCUGUUUUUUGUAUUGUAGUGAUGAUCUAUUCUACAUGAUUGAAUUCCAGAGACUUUUAAACUGUUUUGUCGAUUGAUUAUUGGACUAAAAUUAAUAGGAAACUAUUCUUGAUUGACUGUGGUUUGAUACUAACAAAGUAAGGACACGUGAGAGAAGGUACAGACUCAAACUGAGGAGAAUGGAUAAUGAAUUGAACCCAUUCUGAAUGUAACUAUCUGAUCGUGGACGUUACUGUGGUGAAGUCAAAAUCAGGUCCGUAUUUGAAAUGUACCCUCAUCACCAACUCUUAAGGUGAAAGUGGGGAAAAUAUAACUGCUAUUCAAUUCAAUCCUAGACCUAUGGCCUUUUAGGUGAACGUGAGCCAACUCCUGUGAAGUACAAUCAUUUCUGAUACUCGUGUCAUUGUUUUAGUGCUCCUUGAAGCUGGAGAUGGAGAGUGUGUCUACUAAAAGAAGAAAAUGAUCAGUCAGAAUGUUCCUGGCUGCUGUUUCUGGGGUUUGUAAUGUGUGUGCAGUGAGGGCUCAGCUUUUAGGAAAAACUACAAUAAAAAGUGGAUGCCAAAUCUAA